AGCGGCGGACGCCGGGUUUUUUUUUUCCUGCGCGGAGCGUCCGGCACGAGCUGCGGGGAACGUGGUCCGGGGCGGUUGGUGGUCGCGUGUCGGUGGUGGCCCGUCCCCCCCCCCGCAAAGCGAUGUCGUCGGAGGGCAGCAGCCGCGAGGGGGGCAGCGCUCUGUUCGCGGGCUUCCGCGCGCUCGGCCUCUACUCCAACCACUUGGCGCACGUGGUGCGCUUCCACCGCCGCCACCGGGAGUUCUACCUGGUCACGGCGGUGGGGAAGAGCUUCCACACGUACAACGUGAAGAGACUAGGCUUAGUUGCUGUUAGCAAUGCUUUGCCACAGGACAUUACCUGUUUGGCAGCCGACAGAAUGUUGGUCUUUGCAUCUUGUGGCAGUCUUCUCCAUGCUUUUGCUCGGAACAAAGAGGUGGUUCACACUUACAAAGGUCACAGAGCAGAUGUUCACCUUAUACUGCCAUUUGGGGAUCAUUUGAUAUCUGUUGAUCGUGAUAACAUUCUCAUUAUUUGGGAUGUACAGUCAGAAGAAGAAUACUUGCAGAUGAAUUUUGAUAAGACAGUGUUUGCUGUUUCUGCAAUUAUGCACCCAAGUACCUAUUUGAAUAAAAUUCUUCUUGGUAGUGAACAAGGAAAUCUACAGUUGUGGAAUGUAAAAUCCAACAAACUUUUAUAUACAUUUCCUGGCUGGGGAGCAGGAGUGACAGUCCUUCAACAGGCCCCAGCAGUGGAUGUCAUUGCAGUAGGUCUUGUGUCUGGUUACAUCAUAGUGCACAAUAUUAAAUUUGAUGAAACGCUGAUGAAAUUUCAACAAGACUGGGGUCCCAUAACAGCAAUAUCAUUCCGUACAGAUGGACACCCAGUUAUGGCUGCUGGAAGUCCUGUUGGGCAUAUUGGGUUGUGGGAUCUAGAAGAAAAGAAACUUCAGGGCCAGAUGAGAGGUGCCCAUUCUACAGCAAUUUCGGGUAUGACGUUUGUCCAAGGGGAACCACUUCUUAUUACCAAUGGUUCGGACAAUGCAAUAAGGGUAUGGAUCUUUGAUGGCCCUGGAGGAAGUGGUAGAUUGCUGAGAUUCCGAAUGGGCCACAGUGCACCUCCAACAAAAAUCAGAUAUCAUGGGCAAAAUGGGCAGCAAAUUCUCAGUGCCGGACAAGAUAGUACCUUGCAGUCAUUUUCCACGGUGCAUGAGCGAUUCAAUAAAAGCUUAGGACGCGGUUCCAUAAAUAAAAAGAAAUCAAAAAGGAAAGGACUCCGGUAUGAUACAAUGGCUCUUCCACCUAUUACAACAUUUGCUACAGAGGUCGCCCGUCAAAGUGACUGGGAUGGGAUCAUUGCUUGCCAUCAAGGAUUUCUAAGCUGUACUACCUGGAAUUAUCAGAAAGGGUCAAUGGGAAUUCAUAAACUGACGCCACAAGACUUCAGCAAAAAUAGACCUCUUGGUGUAUAUGCAACAGCAGUAGAUAUCAGUUCCUGCGGAAACUUUGCUGUAAUUGGACUUUCAACAGGACAUGUGGAUGUAUACAACAUGCAGUCUGGCAUUCACAGAGGGCGUUAUGGCAAAGAAAAAGCCCAUGAAGGCUCCAUAAGAGGAGUAGCCGUGGAUGGAUUAAACCAGCUGACAACCACAGCAGGAAGUGAAGGAUUGAUCAAGUUCUGGAACUUCAAGAGCACAAAAUUGGUUCACUCUAUUAACCUCCCUUCUUCUCCAAGUAAAAUGUUGCUUCACAGAGACAGUUGCAUUCUGGGAAUUGUUACGGAUGACUUCACCAUUAGCGUCCUGGAUAUAGAAACACGAAAAAUCGUGAGGAAGUUUUCAGGGCACCAAGGCCAGAUAAAUGACCUGGCUUUCAGUUCUGAUGGCCGCUGGCUAAUAACGGCAGCUAUGGACUGCACCAUUAGAACCUGGGAUCUGCCAUCUGGGUGCCUUGUCGACUGUUUCCUACUAGAUUCAGCAGCAGUAAGCAUUACUAUGUCUCCUACGGGAGACUUCUUAGCUUCUUCCCAUGUAGAUGAUCUUGGAAUUUACCUGUGGUCUAACCGUUCGCUGUAUUCGCUUGUCUCUUUGCGUCCGCUUCCACCGGAUUAUGAGCCUUCUGUAGUAACGCUUCCUGGAACAUGUCCAGCUCAAGAUGUAGAUGUCACAGAAGAAGAAGAAGAAAUAAGUGAUGAGAUGAUAGAAUACGAUUCUCCAGAACAGCUGGGAGAAGCAUUAGUGACCCUUUCUAUGUUGCCAAAAUCUAGAUGGAAGAACCUCCUCAAUCUUGAUAUUAUAAAGCAAAAGAACAAACCCAAAGAGCCACCAAAAGUGCCAAAAUCUGCACCGUUCUUCAUCCCGACAAUUCCUGGCCUCAUACCACAAUAUGCUUCCAUUGAACAUGAAAAUGGUGGACAACAGUCAAAAGUAGUAAACCUUGGAGUGCUGGCACAAAAAUCUGAGUUCUACCUGAAGCUUGAAGAAGCUCUGAUAAACAGUGACUAUAAAUCUCCGCUCCGUAUUCUGAAGGACAUGGGACCAUCUAACACAGAGGCAGAACUGAGAGGCUUGUCCCCCGAUGGCGGUGGCUCUGUUAGGGUGAUGCAAAGCUUCCUAAGAAUGAUUGAGGCCACGCUGACCACGAAAUGCGACUUUGAACUGGCUCAGGCAUACCUUGCGUUGUUUCUGAAGUUGCACUUAAAAAUCCUUUCAUCAGAACCAGAUCUGCUGGCAGAACUAUCCAGACUGUCACCCCAGCUUGAAGAAAUUUGGGUGCAUUUACAGACUCUUUUCAACCAAAGCCUUUGCAUUUUAAAUUACAUGAAGACUGCUUUGUUGUAACAUUCCCUUUGUUCUAUAAGAAUGCCCAGUUUAAUGUACAAAUCAAGUUUAAUAAUGGAUAUUUUCUCUCUUAAGUUUCAGAAAAGGUAACUGUACAGCUUGACUUGGUAACUUUAUUUUGUACAAAUUUAAACAUGAAUCUGUGCUACCUUCACAGAUAAAGUGUGCUUUUAUUAUUGUGUAAAUGACUGCUGAAACAGUAAAGUUCCCUGUCAAAAAUUACGAUAUAGUCAGUAUGGUAAAACACUCAAUAUGCAGUUAUAAAUCUAAAUAAAUUUUAAGAGGUGA